UCCAAUAAAGACCUGCAGGCCGUUGCUGUUACCCAAUCAGCGAAGAGCGAGGGCGGGGAUUCUCUUUACUGUCAGCGCUUUCUGCUUGCACAUUCGGAGACAACGUGUGUUGCCGGUGGAGGUAGAAAGGUCACGGACACAAUGGCGACAUCACUGACCGCUUCACAGAUCAGACAGAAGUUUAUCGACUUCUUUAAGGACAAUGGUCACACCUAUGUCCACUCCUCUGCCACCGUCCCUCUGGAUGAUCCCACGCUGCUCUUUGCCAAUGCUGGCAUGAACCAAUUUAAGCCAAUAUUCCUGAACACUAUUGACCCUUCCCACCCAAUGGCUAAACUGAACCGAGCUGCUAACACCCAAAAGUGUAUUCGCGCUGGUGGUAAGCACAAUGACCUAGAUGAUGUUGGGAAGGAUGUUUAUCAUCAUACUUUCUUUGAGAUGCUGGGCUCCUGGUCUUUUGGAGACUACUUUAAGGAGCUGGCGUGUAAACUGGCUCUGGACCUUUUGACUAAGGAGUUUGGCAUAGACAUUGAGCGCCUGUAUGUCACCUACUUUGGUGGUAACGAGGCAGCUGGUUUGGAACCUGACCUGGAAUGUAAACAGAUUUGGCUGAACCUGGGGCUUCCAGAAAGCCGCAUAUUACCAGGCAGCAUGAAGGACAACUUUUGGGAGAUGGGGGACACAGGCCCCUGUGGACCGUGCAGUGAGAUUCACUUUGACCGAAUUGGGGGCCGUGAUGCUGCACACUUGGUCAAUAUGGAUGACCCCAAUGUACUGGAGAUCUGGAACCUAGUGUUUAUUCAGUUUAACAGGGAAAGUGAUGGAACCCUGAAGCCACUGCCCAAGAAAAGUAUUGACACCGGGAUGGGGCUAGAAAGACUGGUAUCUGUGCUGCAGACCAAGAUGUCCAACUAUGACACUGACCUGUUUAUACCAUACUUUGAUGCGAUCCAGAAGGGCACUGGGGCAAGGCCCUACUCAGGCAAGGUGGGUGCAGAAGAUGAAGAUGGCAUAGACAUGGCAUACAGAGUGCUUGCAGAUCAUGCUAGGACGAUUACAGUUGCCCUUGCUGAUGGUGGGAGACCUGACAAUACUGGCCGAGGAUAUGUUUUACGUCGAAUUCUUCGUCGCGCUGUAAGAUAUGCACACGAGAAACUUAAUGCAUCCAAAGGAUUCUUUGCUUCUCUGGUUGAUGUUGUUGUCCAGUCGCUGGGAGAUGCUUUCCCCGAGCUAAAGAAAGACCCGGACAUGGUAAAGGACAUAAUCAAUGAGGAGGAGACUCAGUUUCUAAAAACACUCAACAGAGGGCGCCGCAUUCUGGACCGUAAAAUACAAAGCCUGGGAGAAAGCAAGACCAUCCCUGGUGACACAGCAUGGCUGCUGUAUGACACAUAUGGAUUCCCUGUGGAUCUGACAGGCCUGAUUGCAGAGGAGCGAGGCCUGAAAGUGGAUAUGGAGAGUUUUGAAGAGGAAAGAAAAGCUGCUCAGCUCAAGUCUCAGGGCAAAGGGGCAGGAGAUGAAGAUCUUUUGAUGUUGGAUAUUUAUGCUAUUGAAGAGCUGCGCUCCCGGGGUCUAGAGCCAACAGAUGAUUCCUCAAAGUACAACUACACAUCAAGUUCUGAUGGUGUCUAUGAGUUUGAAGGAGUGGAGGCCACUGUGAAGGCGAUUCGCCGGGAGAAGACCUUUGUGGAUGAGGUCUGCACAGGGCAGGAAUGUGGUCUGGUCCUGGAUAAGACCUGCUUCUAUGCAGAACAAGGAGGACAGACAUAUGAUGAAGGAUACAUGGUUCGAGAGGACGACAGCAGUGAAGAUAAAACAGAGUUCAGUGUAAGGAACACUCAGGUUCGGGGUGGUUACGUCCUGCACGUGGGGACUGUGUAUGGCAGCCUGAAAGUUGGUGACCGUGUGCGUCUCUAUAUUGAUGAGACAAGGCGACGUCCAGUUAUGAGCAACCACACAGCCACCCACAUCUUGAACUUUGCCUUGCGCUCAGUUCUCGGGGAGGCAGAUCAGAGGGGCUCUCUAGUUGCAGCAGACAGGCUGAGGUUUGACUUUACAGCAAAAGGAGCCAUGAGCACAAAGGAAAUCCGCAGAGCAGAGGAGAUUGCAAAUCAGCUGAUAAACGAGAACAAGGUAGUCUAUGCUUUGGAUUGCUCCUUGGCAGCUGCUAAAGCAAUUCAGGGGCUGCGUGCUGUGUUUGAUGAGACCUACCCGGACCCUGUUCGUGUGGUGUCUGUUGGAAUCCCUGUAGAGGACUUGCUAGCUGAUCCUUCUGGCCCUGCAGGCUCUAUGACAACAGUGGAGUUCUGUGGUGGAACGCAUCUACAAAAUUCAGGCCAUGCUGGACAGUUUGUCAUUGUCACAGAAGAAGCCAUUGCAAAGGGAAUCCGGAGAAUUGUGGCCCUCACUGGGCCGGAAGCACAGAAGGCUGUUCGGAGGCAAGAGACCCUGAAAACUGCUCUUGCUCAGCUAGAAGCUAAAGUGAAUCAGCAGAUAGCCCCAAACAAGGAUGUUCAGAAGGAGAUUGCUGACCUCAGUGAGACCCUUGCUACAGCCAUAAUCUCUCAGUGGCAGAAGGACGAGCUCCGAGAACAGCUUAAAUCUCUUAAAAAAACGAUGGAUGAUCUUGACCGUGCCCACAAGGCAGACAUCCAGAAACGGGUUCUGGAGAAAACCAAACAGCUAAUUGCAGAAAAUCCAGAUCAACCCCUCCUUGUUCUAGAGAUGGAAGCUGGGGCAUCGGCCAAGGCUCUAAAUGAAUCUCUGAAGCUCCUCAAGUCCCAGUCUCCAAAAACCUCAGCCAUUAUCUUUGCUGUGGACAACGAAGCUGGAAAAAUUACUUGCUUGUGUCAAGUUCCCCAGGAAGCUGCAGACAAAGGCCUAAAAGCCAAUGAGUGGGUCCAGCAGGUGUCUGACCUAAUGGAUGGUAAGGGGGGUGGUAAGGACACAUCAGCACAGGCCACAGGCAAGAACAUAAGCUGUCUUCCUGAAGUGCUGAGACUGGCUGAAGACUUUGGCAAGCUAAAGCUUGGAUCCUUGAAGAACUGAAAGGGAGAACUUAUUGUUACAACACUGGGAGAACUGCUCCUUCCGUCCGGUGCUUGUGGGGACAUCGAUCUAGCAUGGAAAGGGUUAAGUGAUGUCACUGGCUCCUGUGGACAUUAUUCAUCCUCUAGUUUCAUCACCAUCUUCCCCCUGUCCUGCUCGCUGCCUUUGCAUUUGUGCAUCAUUCAUUCAUUGGUUUUCAGAAAAUCAGAGGAUAUAGCUGCUCGUGAUACUUGUAAUUCUGACAAAAAAUUGGCCUGAAUGGGUUAAUAACAUAGAAUCCUCUGGCUAACAACCUAUGUCCUGCCCUCUAGUAGUGAGGUGCAUAACUUGUUUUGGGCUCACAACCUUGUAUGUAGAAUAAGCCAUAAGUGUCUGACCUUCAUCUAAUAAACUGAUGCAAAGUG